AUAUCUGCAGGUAGCGGCGACUGAGGUGUCGCGAACGAGGAACGCAUCACGUGCUUCAAUGAGGGGCUAGUCCUUUUGACUUCGCAGGGUCUCCGUCAGGGCAAGGCAGGGCAGCACCAACUCCAUCAAACUGGAGCGCGCAAGCAGACACGACGCUUCCACUGCGCACUAGUAGACUAUUGUCGCCAAUCCACACAGCUCGACAUGGCGAACGAUGAGUACGACUACCUGUUCAAGGUUGUUCUGAUAGGCGACAGCGGUGUCGGCAAAUCCAACCUACUCUCUAGAUUCACCCGCAAUGAGUUCAACCUCGACAGCAAGUCCACGAUCGGCGUAGAGUUCGCCACCCGCAGCAUUCAAGUCGACACCAAAACCAUCAAGGCGCAGAUCUGGGAUACGGCAGGUCAAGAGCGCUACCGCGCCAUUACUUCAGCAUACUACCGCGGCGCUGUGGGCGCACUGCUCGUCUACGACAUCUCAAAGCACCAGACGUACGAGAACGUGACGAGGUGGUUGAAGGAGCUGCGCGAUCAUGCGGACAACAACAUCGUGAUUAUGUUGGUGGGCAACAAGAGUGAUUUGAGGCAUUUGCGGGCGGUGCCGACGGAGGAGGCGAAGGAGUUCGCGAGUCAGAAUGGCUUGUCGUUCAUUGAGACGUCGGCGUUGGAUGCGAGCAAUGUUGAGCUGGCAUUCCAGAAUGAGUUGACAGAGAUCUACCGAAUCGUGUCCUCAAAGGCAAUUGAGCAGGGCGAGCCAUCGCAAGGCCCAGGCCAAGGCACCUCUAUUCCACUUGGACCGUCUCACCCACCCGGCGACGCUUCAAAGAAGGGGCAGUGCUGUUAGUAGGAAUCAGCGCUAAGCCUCCGAAGAGCAGAAGCGAAUUUGGAGACAGGGGCUAUUGAGCGCUUCGAGAUAGGCACGCAGUCAUACAACCUUGCACGGCGCGCAGGCAGCGGGCGUUGAGGCGCCCAUGGAUUGCACGAUCAUGCUGCAGAUGCGGGAUAUCAUGAAGAACUCUUUUUACAUGC